UGUCACCGAUGAGAUUAGAUUAGCGCUAACUCGCUAUUUAAAGUCCAAACAAGGUCAACUACGCACAUCUCUGUCUUCGUUAAUCAGUAAAAAAGUGAGACUUAGCCAUGAACGUCGAACAAAUCAAAAACAUUGAAGACCUAAUUGAGCUAGACGCCGGCUCAAAAAUUAAAAGUCAUACAGUGAAGCGUUUGACCGCUCCAGGUGAGAACUACGGAAGUUUGAUACUAAGUGUGGAUAUAUCGGUGCAAACCCCAAAUGGCGACGAAGAAGUUCACGCAGUUGCCAAAAUGGUACCACCGAACAAAUUCAUCCAGGAAGUUUUCAACACUCAGGUGACAUUCCGCAACGAAAUCGGAUUUUUCAGAAAUAUAGUACCGGUUUUGCAAAAUUUCCAACGAGAACAUGGGGUGAAAAAAGUUACUAAUUUCGCUGCGAAGUACUACGGAAGCAGACUGAACUUGAACAAAGACGAGUCGAUAGUGGAUGACGACGCGGCUUUGGUUGUGGAAAAUUUGAAAAGCAAAGGGUACGAUACUUUGGAUCGCAUAGCAGGAUUGGAUUUGGAUGCAGCUAAGUUGGUUAUUAUUAAUCUCGCGGAACUACAUGCGGUACCAAUAGCGCUUAAACUACAAAAACCGGACGUUUUUGAAAACGAAGUCAAAAAGUAUUUGUCAACGUGGAAGAUUCCGGACCGCAUGGCACAACAGAUGAGGGAGGAUCAAAUUCGGCUUGCUGAAGAAAUAGAAGAACUGCGACCCCUUAAAGAACGAAUUUUGGCGGCGUUUGACAGUGCAACUAAUGAACCAUCGAAAAAGUGUGAACCUUUUGCGACUAUUGCUCACAACGAUUGUUGGAGCAACAACAACAUGUUUAAAAAGGAGGGUAAUAAAGUGGUGAAAAGUAAGAUGGUGGAUUUCCAAAUUCUUGAUUAUGGUUCUCCAGCGAAAGAUGUAGUUUUUUUCAUAUUUUCCAGUGUCAAGAAUGAAGUUGUCAAAGACCACUACGACGAGUUGGUGAAGUUGUACUAUGAUACUUUUAUAUCUGAUCUUAAAGAGCUUCAUUGUGAUGUAACGCCUUUUACUUGGGAAGCUCUGUUGGAAGAAAUUGAUUACGUAAUGACGCAUUCGGAGUUUAGACAUUUGGGAUUUAUGAUGUUGCCUAUUUAUGCUCCGAAAGGAGCUGUCCAAGAACUUGACGUGUUGACUCCUGAAAGUAUGAGACAUGAAACAAUUACAGAAGUACAAAAGGAAAAAUAUGCUUUUACUUAUACCGAAUUCGCAAAAAGGGGUUGGAUUUAGUUCAAUAAAUAUAUAGUAAAUU